GCGCUGGGCUGGGGAAAGAAGGGACAACUUUGACGCGGUGUUACGGCGAAGUCGUGGGCGAUUUUUCGGCGCCACCCGCCAAGAAGCGAGUCGGAGAUGCCCUCGUCGUGUGUGUUCAGUCGAAGAAGCUCCACCGGAACCACGCCACUGCAUGUGUUGAGGUGAAGAGCAACUCUUUGGAAUUGAAUGUCAUCUGAAUUUAAAAAAAAAAUCCCAAACCAAAAUGAUCAAAGCGGAAAAUAAAGGAAGUGAGAGAACACUGAGGAGCGCUUCCCCCCACAGAAACGCAUACAAGUCUGACUUCCAUGCUAUAAAAUGCUCCUUUGACGGUUCAAAAUCGGAAGGUGCUGCCAAGUCAUAUGCAAAUGGUUCCUCCGACACUCGCGAGGACUCCCGAGGGAGGCCUUUUGGUACCAGGGUUAACAAGAUCAAGAAUAUAUUCCUACAAAUGGACAGCCAGCAACAGGAGGAGCAGCAAGAUGUGAAACCAACUUUAAAGACAGAUGUUCCCCAGCAAACUCCACCAAAGCUCCAAGUUCCAGUCAGCUCACACAGAGUUAACUACAGCCCAGCAAGUCCAGAGUCUCUCAAUUUAGAUAAAACUCCCAAAGGAGAGGAAGUGGCGAUCGACAAAGUGGCUUUAGCAGAGAAGUUUUCUGUGACUAGGAAAAUAUUUGAGAGGGGCAUCACUGAGCAGCCAGUUGUUGAAAAGCAGUCACCAAACAGAGUAGUCAAUCGUCUGUCUCUCGGAAGUGCUUCUGAGGAGGGGAAAAGUUCACGGAGAGCGUCAGGAUCUUCAGAGACAUUCAAAUCUGAGCAAACUACUACAUCUGCCGUUAAAUGUCGACUGGAUAAUGAUCAUGAAAAAAAAAACGUGCCGAGAGUGUCACAAAAUGCAGGCCCCAUGUCUAAAAGGCUGGAGAGUUACAUGGCUGGGAAUGACUCAGAGGAUAACAAAAUAGUUGCUGCCAAAGGGGGGGUGAAGACUGCUAAAUCAGACAGUACCACUGAACAUUCACUCCAGACCUCUCCUACAAGAGGCAGUUUACACAAAGGCACUUCUGUUAAAGAAGCUGCAAACUCUUUACCUGUAGGUGAUGGCGCUAAUAAAAAUAUGUCUAAUACAGCAUGUGUCAUUAAUAAAACAACAUCCUCAGGGUCUAGCAUUGGGCUUAAACCUGUUACCAAUGCAACUUACAAAUCAAUUUCCCCUACAACUGAUACCAUUCACAAAUCUCCAUCAUCAGAGACAACGACCACAGUUAGCCAUGGUUACAAACGACACUCAUCAUCUGGGGAUGGAUUGUGUCAAACAUCUGUUAUUUGGGACAAAAAUAAGCCUUGUAAUUCUCCCCCAAAUGAUUUGAGGCAACACAUGUCUGGCUUCGAGAACACCUACACAACCACAUCCAGUGAGCAAGCCAGCAGUAUCAACAGUUUAGUGAAACCAUGUCUUACCAAGGAAAAGACAACCAACCAGACGUCAAUUGAAUCCAGAAGGGUAGGUGUGGUACGGGCAGAGCUUGUAGUGGUUCAGAAUGAAUCUUCGGAGAGUGAGGAAAAUGAAGAUGAGGAGGUUGAAGACGAUGUGUUUGUUAUACAGAGAGACAAAUGCCCAUCAAAAGAUCAAACCGACAAACUUACACCAGAAAAACAGAACACUAGCCCCACUGAUCACACUGUAGCCAGGGGCUUCACCAAGGACAAAGCAGCGGACUUUGUGGUGGAUGGAAAUGUGCAACAUGGGAUUAAAGAAAAGGACAAUGAUGAUGGACAUGAUGCGAGAGAGCUAGAGGGACAGGGUGAGAAUACUGGUGUAAAUGGAGCUCAAGUUUAUGGUAUCGAGAAUGCGGCCUUUGUGGAUGACAAGGAUGUAGACCAGGUCCUCAUGGAAGAGGAGGAGGAGGAGGAGGAAGAAGAAGAGGAGGAGGAGGAAAUGUACAAGGAGUAUGAUGACUUUUAUGAGGCACCAGGACUGUCUGACGAAGAGGGACCUCCACCCAAGAGAAAAAUCAAGUUUUCUACAGAUCCCAUUCUGGUCUUUAGUACAUUCUCUAAUGAGGAAUAUGAUCGACGCAAUGAUGAUGUGGACCCUGUUUCCGCAUCUGCUGAAUAUGAGCUGGAGAAGAGAGUAGAGAAGAUGGACGUAUUCCAUGUGGAAAUUGAGAAAGGGGACAACGGCCUGGGCAUCAGCAUCAUCGGAAUGGGGGUUGGAGCAGACCAGGGUCUGGAGAAGCUUGGCAUUUUUGUAAAAACCAUAACGGAGCAGGGAGCAGCUGAGAGAGAUGGACGGAUUCAGGUGAAUGACCAGAUCGUGGAAGUGGAUGGCGUCAGUCUGGUGGGUGUCACCCAACUGUUUGCAGCAACUGUUCUCAAGAACACCAACGGCACAGUGAGAUUUCUGAUUGGUCGUGAAAAGCCAGGAACACAGAGUGAGGUAGCCCGCCUCAUUAGUGAAACACUUGAGCAGGAGAGGAACCACCAACAGCAGCAGCAACACCAUCACCUGGAUGAUCCCUAUGAACACUCCACAGAGGAGGAGGAGCGCUUUGAGGAUAACGAGACAGUGAAUGAGAGGAUUCUUGGCUCUAAUUUUUCUCCUGGACGGAAAGUAGAGGUAUUUGAGCUGCCCGAUUCCGAAGCUUUGUUUCUGCCAACUAAUAUGGACAGCUCUCAGAUGGCCUUCAAAUUUAAAGAGCUGCAGCUCAAACACAGCAUCGCAUCAGCUGAAAUUAAUCAACUGAAAGAAAAGCUUAGGGAAUCUGAGGAGGACAAAUCACUGUGGGAAGCCAGAGAGUCUGCGCUGGAGCAAAAGUUUGAGGAUAGCAAUGAAAAAAUCCUCAAAUUGGAGAGUUAUUGGCUGGAAACUCAGGCUUUGUGCAAGACAAUAAAUGAACAGUUAGCAGAAACCCAAGCCCAGUAUGAGACCUUGGACAAGAAGUACAACAAGGCAAAGAAACUUCUAAAAGAUUACCAGCAGAAAGAAAUAGAUUUUGUGAAGAAAGAGGAAGAGCUGAAGAAGAGUAUAGAUGAAAAAGAACGAUUGUACCAAGAAAAGCUGGACAUCUUGCAGAACAGGAUAGUUGUCCUAGAGUCUGGGGGUGCUUCAGGUCUAGAUCUCCAGAAUUCAGCAGAAGAUUGCAUUUGCUUCCAAGUCCCAGUGGCAGAUGAAAAGUCUGUAGAGUCGGUUGCAGAGGAAAACUGGAACAAGGUGGUCCCUGAGACAGAGCUGUUGGACACCAGUGCACACAAAGCAAAAGGCCUGUUGGCCCAGAAGGCCAGACGUCAGCGUCCUUCUCGAAACAAAAUGAAGGAGAGUCUCACUGUGUCCUCGAGGGACUCACAGGAAACUGAGGAGGAGGAUGACCCGGAAGACCAAGAACCUCCGAAGCGGAGCUCCAUCCAGGAGAGCCUGUCCCUCCCAGUGCCUGUCUGCUAUCCCAUGAAUGAACAAAAAGAUGAUCCAGCUGAGAUGAAAGAUGACUUGAAGAGUAAGCCUGAGCUCUCCAACAGCCCAUCUUUGUCACCAUCACAGGGGGACAGUAUUGAAAGCAGUGGCAGUGUCUCUUUGUCCCCUCCAAAUGACACCACAAUAGCAGCAUCCCCCUCUGGAUUUAUGCCCAAUGUUAAAAAGAGGGAUUCCAAACUCAAGGAAAAAACGCUUAAAGAUGAAUUAAUUGAACCCACAUCAGCUGCAAAAUCUAAAAGGAGAUUUCCUGACUUUGGGGGCCUCCGGAAGUCAGGUGGCAAAGGAAGAAAACAUGAUAAGGAGGCAAUGAGAAUGUCUUUGGACAGCAGGGGGUCGGCAGAGUUACUGGAAGACUCUGGCGGUAACCUGUCUCCUGCAGAUUCUAUGACCUCCACUCCGACCUGUAUGCCCUUCUCUUGGUUUGGAGACAAAGAGAAGGACCGGGACAGGGAGCCGUCUUCCUCCAGCUGGAGCCUGCCAUAUGCUGAAAGCAGCAGUGAGCUAAGCCAGGAUCGCAAGAACAAGAGUUUGUCAGUCAUAGAUGAUUGUAACCCUGCCAGUCCCAGUUCAGACAUCUCUGGGUUAGUCGCUGAACCCAAUCUGUCUGGGCGCUCGCACACUUUAAUCUUCUCUUCCAGCGAGACGCUGGAUGAUGAGCCAGUUGUCACAGGAAAAGAAUAUCAGUGGCAGAACCGUCCAGUUUCUGAAUGGACCAUUCAACAAGUGUGUCACUGGUUGAUGGGCAUGAACAUGGAGCAGUACACGGCUGAAUUCACAGCCAAGGGAGUCGACGGCCAGCAACUUCUGCAGCUGGACAGUGACAAGUUAAAGGUGCUCAGCGUCUACAGUCAGAGCGACCGAGCCACUAUCAAGAAAAAGCUGAAGGAAAUGCGCAAGGCCCAGGAGAAGCUGGAGAAGCAACGAGAGAAGCGAGAAAAGGAGAUCCGGCGGAGUGGACGGCUGCCGGUCAGUGCUGACUCUGUGUGCUGAACCAGUCCACAUACAGUAGCCAAGAAAAAAAAGACAUUGACAAGGUUGUCAUCUCAACCGUUAAGUGCCCACGCUGAGCGGACUCAAAGGUGCCAUCUGUGAUUUUUGUUCAUACUUGGGCGCCUGAUCUUCCUGCAGCAUAAUAACACGAACGCAAAAUCAUUUUUUAUCAUGAGAUUGGAACCUCAACAUUGGUGUGCCUUGAAGGCCUCUGAAAUUUUGUACCACUAUGAAGCUAAUAGUGAUAAUUAUAUGGUAUGUUUUCAGAUAUAUCAUGCACAAUUUUUUUAAAUGAAAGUCCGCUGUGUAAUGCUAUGAAAACACUUGUUUUUUUUCUAGUAUAACAUUGCUUUUUAUGUACAAUGUAUUGUACUGUACAGUGGAGUCAAACGCACUAUUGUCUUUAAGCUUCAAUGAACGACAAGAUUUUAAAUGUAUAAAUUUUUAUACAUGUGCUAUCCAUCAAAAUUACUUUUUCAUUUACAUUUUGUUAUUGGUUUUAUAGUGCAUAAUGUUUUCUACUAAGUAGAAUAGAUGGGCCAGAAACACAAAUCAAGGACCACGCAAGCUCCGCUUGCUUCUUCUGUCCCCGCAAUGUGUGACAGGCCAAGUCAGAAUCAUGGCAGUACAUAAAGAAGGAAAAAAGCGCGCUCACUGGUCCACUGGACAGUAAACUUGUACCUAUGAUUCGUACUGUAGGAAUUUUGACUGUUCAGUCAAGCUUCUUUUUAUGGUACACUUUUGUAUGAAACGGAAAGGAACCUUUUGCUCUCAUCUUCAGAAUCAGAAACUCUUCUUGGUACUAACAGAAUUUAUCAACAUUUUAACAAUGACUGUUUCGCUUAGGUGAAUACUAGUAGACAACAGUGAUGGCCCACAUUUAUCGGAAAUGCUGCUGCUUACGUUUAAUAUCACACCAUGAGUGCACUUUUUACUAUCGUCAUCAAUAAUCAUUUCAGGUGAAAUAAAACAUUCCAUUCCUUUCAAUUCUAUAAAGUGGAGAAAAUCAAUGACCUCAUAAAUUAGUUGACCAAUGACGAAUUUAACGGUUGAGCCACUACAGAUUUUUUUCUGUAAAUAUUUCCAGCUCGUUUCUCAGCAUUCUGUAGUAAUUGUCAGUUGUAAUUCCUAGAUUACUGCCAAAAGUGUCACUUUGUAGUUCAAAAUACUCAAGUCGCGGCAUCGUCCACCUUUUUUUUAACAUGCUUUUCCUUUAAAAAGUCACUCCCUGAAUGAAAUAAACUGCAUUUUAAAAGGAAA